AUGAAUUUCUGCGGUUGGGAACCUUCGGACUACGAAAUAUUAGCUGAAAUAGGCGAGGGCGCCUAUGGGAAAGUGUACAAAGCUAGAGAGAUCGGCGGGCUGCAGCGCCUCGUAGCCAUGAAGAAGAUCAACGUCCCCGGGGAGCCGCACACGGGCAUCCCGCAGUUCAUGAUCCGGGAGGUGGCGCUGUUGAGAAGGAUUGAGCAUUUCGACCACCCAAACAUAGUGAAGUUUUUGAAUGUGUCUGCUGAAGUGAAGAAGCAGGGUUUGGACCUGACCCUGGCCUUCGAGUACAUUGAUCAGGAUCUGUCGUCGUUCCUCAGCACAGCACCAGAGAAUGGCCUGAGUAGAGAUAAAAUAAAGGACAUCAUGCGCCAGCUACUACGUGGACUGGACUUUCUCCACACUAACACAGUCGUGCAUCGUGACCUAAAGCCAGAUAACAUAUUAGUCAGCAGCCGUGGGGAGGUGAAGAUUGCUGACUUCGGGCUGGCCAGGAUCUACACUUACCGCAUCGCCCUGACACCCUGUGUAGUGACCCUGUGGUACAGGGCUCCGGAGGUGCUACUCCACUUGGGGUACAUGUCCUCUGUGGACAUCUGGAGCUCUGGCUGCAUUUUUGCAGAACUUUUUCUGUUAAGACCUUUGUUUCGUGGACAUACAGAGGUCCAACAGCUUCAGAAAAUCUUUGAGGUGAUUGGUUUACCUAGAAAGGAGGACUGGCCCAAGGAAACGCCCAUCCGCUAUGACCCUGCCUGGGCCAGACAAGAGCUGACUGCACAGCUGCUGCCCAGCCUCACCCUGGAGGAGAAGGACCUGCUCACACAAUGUCUGGAAUUCAACCCAAGCAGACGCAUCUCAGCUUACAGAGCCUUAGCCCAUCCGUUCCUGUCAAGUCCUUAA